GUCUGAUGUCGAUCUAUCUUAUAAAUAAACAAAUACAGACAAGUUCCGUUGUAGGAGUUCUUGCAAUCACCAUGGCGCUAGAAGAUGCCCUCAAACCUUGGAAGCGGACUCCUGCCCGUCCGUACAUCUUUCGUCACGCCAACGUGGUCAACCCUGUGGAUGGCUCGAUUCGGGAGAAUGCGACGGUUGUUCUACGCAAUGGCGUGGUUGAAUCAGUGACGGACGACCACAGUGAUCCAGCCGCAGGUACAAUUGACAUCGACGCCCGUGGGCGCUAUCUGUGUCCUGGACUCAUCGACGCGCACGUCCAUCUCACGUCGACUCCCGGUGGCAAGCGACUGGCGGAGAGCAUCCAGAUGGCCCCUGACCGGUCGAAGAUGCGCCAGCCAUUCGUCUGCCAGCAGAUGCUACGGCGAGGCUUCACUACAGCGCGGGACUGUGGAGGCGCGACCCUAGCAUUAAAGGAAGCCAUUGCUGACGGGGUAUUCCCAGGUCCUCGCUUGUUUAUCGCCGGACAUGCGUUGAGCCAGACUGGCGGGCAUGCGGAUUUCCGCUCGGCAGACGAUACGCAUGAAUGCUGUGGCGGGCACAUUACGGGAAUGGGGCGCCUGUGUGACGGCGUGGCCGAGUGCAUGAAAUUUGCUCGCGAGGAGCUUCGGAUGGGUGCCGAUUUCAUCAAGAUCAUGACUGGGGGAGGGGUGGCCAGCCCAACCGACGCGUUGGAGAACCUGCAGUUCACUACGGAGGAGAUCCAGGCCAUCACCACCGUGGCGGCUAACAGUCGGACAUAUGUCACGGCGCAUGCAUACACACCGCAGUCCAUUCGCCAUGCCAUCAACAACGGCGUGAUGGGCAUCGAGCACGGCAAUCUUCUAGAUGAACCCACAGCCGCUCUCAUGGCAGAAAAGGGGGUGUUUCUUACCCCAACCCUGAUCACAUACUCGGAGAUGUCCUCACCUGAAUGGGAAGGGUUUUUGCCUCCGGAAUCCGUACAGAAAAACCAGCAAGUCCUUCAGGCAGGGCUCAAGUCACUGCAAAUUGCCGUGGCCGCCGGCGUCACGAUCUGCUUUGGGACCGAUCUUCUUGGCCCUAUGGGAGUCGCGCAGAGUAAGGAGUUUGCCUUGCGGGCCAAGGUUCUCACGCCACUGCAGGUGCUCCAGAGCGCGACGAUCAAUCCGGCACGCCUGUGCAAACAGGAGGCUUUCCUCGGUCAGAUACAGCCGGGGUUCGCAGCGGACUUAUUGGUAUUGACACAAAACCCGCUGCAGGAUAUCACCAUCCUUGACGACCCAAACCGACAUCUGUUGGCUGUGAUCAAGGAGGGUUAUGUACACGCGAGCAGGUGGUCAAAGUUACCGGAAGAUAUUGCGGCUCCUGAGAGGAAUAUCGAGUGAAUGAAUACCUUUCAUUGGGGGGGAAUAAGCCCUUCCCACCAUAUAUAGAUAUAUUCUUCAUCUGGUAGUUAUUUUACAUACACUCAUAGUUCUAGAGGUUAUAAAUAAAAAAUACACAAUCAAAAGUCAUUCCAAUUACUG